ACAUGCAUCCACUCUGAUGUGUUCCUAAACCCCGGACCCUGCAUUCACUAUAUCUGGUCUUCCUGGACCCUGUAUUCACAAUAUCUGGUCUCCCUUGACCCUGCAUUCACUAUAUCUGGUCUCUGGACCCUGCAUUCACUAUAUCUGGUCUCCCCAGGCCCUGCAUUCACUAUAUCUGGUCUCCCCCAGGCCCUGCAUUCACUAUAUCUGGUCUCCCCGGGCCCUGCAUUCACUAUAUCUGUUCUCCCCGGGCCCUGCAUUCACUAUAUCUGGUCUCCCCAGACCCUGCAUUCACUAUAUCUGGUCUCCCCAGAUCCUGCAUUCACUAUAUCUGGUCUCCCCAGACCCUGCAUUCACUAUAUCUGGCCUCCCCGGACCCUGCAUUCACUAUAUCUGGUCUCCCCGGACCCUGCAUUCACUAUAUCUGGUCUCCCCGGACCCUGCAUUCACUAUAUGUGGUCUCCCCGGACCCUGCAUUCACUAGAUCUGGUCUUCCCGGACCCUGCAUUCACUAGAUCUGGUUCCCCCCGGACCCUGCAUUCAGUAGAUCUGGUCUCCCCGGACCCUGCAUUCACUAGAUCUGGUCUUCCCGGACCCUGCAUUCACUAUAUCUGGUCCCCCCGGACCCUGCAUUCACUAGAUCUGGUCUCCCCGGACCCUGCAUUCACUAUAUCUGAUCUCCCCGGACCCUGCAUUCACUAUAUCUGGUCUCCCCGGACCCUGCAUUCACUAUAUCUGGUCUCCCCAGACCGUGCAUUCACUAUAUCUGGUCUCCCCGGACCCUGCAUUCACUAGAUC